AUGAGCUAUCCUACGCCUCUUACAACCAAAGUCAGUAACCCUCGUCUGAGGCUACUCAACAAGAUGAAGGCUGGAGAAUUCCCAUUGAUGACAUUCAUGGCUAUUCCCUCCGUCCGCAUGGCCCAAAUUGUUGCUCUGACGGGUGUGGAUGGCAUCAUCAUCGAUUGCGAACAUGGCCACAUAGGAGACGACGCGAUGCACAAUUCUGUCGCCGCUAUAUCAUCCCUCGGGGUAUCUCCUGUUAUUCGGAUUCGCGGCCCUGCCCAUGAUAUUAUCAAAAGAGCUUUGGACACUGGCGCACACGGAAUUAUGGUCCCGCAGAUCAAUAAUGCCGAAGAGGCAGAGCAAAUUGUCGCUUCUUCCAAGUUCCCGCCUCAGGGUAUUCGUGGGCAAGGAUCGGCCUUCCCUGCCAUCGGUCAUGGGCUAACGACUCCGGAAUAUAUGAAAUCUGCGAACGAAACCAUUGUCACGAUGAUUCAAAUCGAGACUUGUGCAGGUGUUGAGAACGUCGAAGCGAUUUGCGCCGUUCCUGGGGUAGAUCUUGUGUUCAUCGGACCCAACGAUCUUGCACAAUCCCUCCUGGGAUAUGUUCCUGCCAGAGGGGAUGAGCCAGAGUUUGUUGCUGCGAUAGAAAAGGUUAUCGCGGCUGCACGGAAAUAUGGAAAAUGGGCCGGACGUAUGGUGAACAACGGAGCAAUGGCCAAAGAGGCCAAAGAGAGAUAUGAUACAGUUGCCAUAACUGGUGACACAAAAGCGAUUCAAAAUUGGUACAUGUCUGAGUUCGAUGUUGCUCGGUCUUGA